CUGUGUAUUUUUUCAUUAUUGUUUAUUUAUAUCUACUGUUUUAAACGUGUUGUUGUACUUGGUUGUGCGUUUCAGCAAUUUUUUCAGUGAUGUUUAUGCACAAAAUAUUAAUCAAAAUGAAUAGAAUUUUGCAAGAUUGUCUAUGCGUAACGGCGCUUCUGUGUAUUUACUUAGCUACACCCGUACUAGGUAAGUCGAUUACAAUACUUUGGCUCCUGUAAUACCUGUACCACCGGGAAAUGUUGAAACCGUUGACGGCCAUACGGUGACGAUUGACUGUAAAAACUUUGGAGCACCCAAACCUCAUGUGAAAUGGACAAGGAACAACAUCGAGUUGACCGGUGGGCGUUAUUCGACUUUGGGCAAUGGUGAUUUGCAAAUAACUAAUGUUCGUUUUACUGAUGUUGGGAACUACAUGUGUAUCGCUACUAACAACUUGGGAUCUGUAAAUGCUUCUGGAUCCUUGACUGUGAAAAAACCCACCAGAAUCGCGGAUGCACCUAAAGAUUCUAAAGUAGUGGCCGGAACGAUGGUUACUUUCCGUUGUACGGCUGUUGCUGAUGGUUCUUUGAAUUUGAACAUUGAAUGGUUAGCCAAAGGCGAGCCGAUUGACUCUGAUACAGAUCCACGUUUUAUAAUAGCUAACGACUUUUCGUUGGCUAUAACAGAAACGAUAGAAUUGGAUUCCGGGAUCUACACUUGUCUGGCUAGAACCGAAUUAGACCAAGCGUCAGCCAGCGCAAUGCUUAUUGUUCAACCGUACGCGCCUCGGUCAUUAGAAAUUUCAAAGAAAGAACCGGCUGUAAGAUGGCGGCAACCCGAGGGUGAAUCUAAUGUGCAAAUCCGUGGAUACUCAGGCAAAGAUGUUCCCGGACCGGUGGAUGGCAUCGGAGCGGAACAAUGGGGAUCGUCGGCGAUUUUGUUGAGGUGGAAGCCCCCGAAACAAACAAACGGUGUGUUAACCGGAUAUCGUAUAUCGUAUCAAAAAGUGAUCGAAGUAACAGUGGGCUAUACGGAAGAAAGGCCUGCGAUCAGCAAUCCAGAACAGACAUGUGUUAAAUUGGCUGCACUAAAACCGGAGACAAUUUAUCGAAUCUACAUCAAAGCAACAACUAACGCCGGUUCCGGAGAACCGUAUUUCAUUGAACAACGAACCAAACCUGCAUUGCCGGAAGGCAUUCUUUUAGACAAACCCGAAUUUACUUACCAACACAUGGCGACAGAUGGUGUUUUCAAUACAGUUCGCAUAACUUGGUGUCCAGACCUACGUGGUUAUCCUGGGUCACAUUUCUUUGUCCAGUACAGAUUUAAAGGCGACACAAUAUUUGUAGAAACGCCGCCGGAACUUGACAAAAACUACAUAGAUGUCGGGGGUAUAAAAUCCAUGAGAUUGUAUGAGUUCAUAGUUGUUGCUGUGGACGGUGAAACAACUAGACAGUCGGACCCGUUAGAAAUCAAAGUGUCGAGCUGGGAUUUUUUAAAAAUUAAAAUUUUAGAACUGUUUUAUUAUUAUUUAAAUUAUUUUUUGAAAAAUGAAAAUACAUCCGCGAGUAAGUGCCAAAUCAUAAAUUGUUUAUAGCCGUUAUUUAAUAUUGUUUAAACAAUUGGACUAAUUGGCAUACAUAUACCAGUGUUAUUUUUAUACUAGAUAUGUAGGUAUGUAUUCUCUUUCAUUUUAUCUCCAAUGUUUUAUCGUUAUGAGCCAAAUUAAAAUGUUGUUAUUAUUCAUUCUAUUUUAAGUUGGACAUUUUU